AUGCUGACGCUGGUUAACAAAAGUUGGAAAUCACUUUAUUCCUAUAAGACCGGCAAGAUAUAUUUACAUUUGAAAAACAAUGAGUUGGUAUCUUUAAACUUUUCAAUUACUAAUAAAAAUAUCACAAAUUAUUCCAAUAAUCAACGAAUAAAUACACUCACUGCUCCUCCACCCAAUUCGACAUUGUUUUUAAUGGAAGAUGAGUUGUACGCUUUAACUCCGGUGUCUUCUAGUAAUAAAGACUUGUGUGGUAAUGGACAAAUUUCACUUGCAAAGUAUAAGGAUGACAAUACAUGGACGUCAGAUUCUGAUAUCAAAUUGAACUUUGAUGACAUCAUAGACGCAUCUUUCUAUCAAUAUCAAACAGUGUUGACUAGUUCCAACAGCAAUCAUACUAUUUACAUAUAUGGUGGUAUAUGCAGUGAAUCUAAAUACGUCACAAAUCGGUUAUUGUCACUAAAUCUCAACACCGGGAAAGUCAGCAAUAUAUCCACUUCCACCAAACCACAACCAUUUUAUGGUGCUUGUAACAUAUUAGCUCCCAAUCCUCAGGAACAACUAAUAAUAGGAGGGAAACUGAAUCUGGGGUGGCUAAACAUGUAUCAAUUGGCAACGUGGAAUUUUAAUUCUGGUUGGUCAUUUCAAGAAGUUGAACCUAAUUCUGGAAAUUCUGAUUCGUCAGUCGUAAACUCAAGAACUUUCCCACUUUUAUUGCCAAUCUUUGACCCCGUGUCAAAUGAGUCAAUGAUUGAUGAAGUGCUCACUAUUAAACAAGUGUUGAUGAUUGGAGGUGAGAUGGAUAAUAAACAGGUUUCACCUUCGUUUGCAAAGUUGUCGAUGACCACCAAUGAUUGGAUAUGGAAUACUUCAGGCACUCAAUAUAUAUUAGUACAGGAUGAAAUAUUGGGAGCAGCCACCAUUUUCAACACAUUAUUGGUAAUAAAUUCCACUGAUUCAAACAACAAAAGAGAUGACAGUUAUCACAUAAAUUUAUAUGAUGCUGAGAGUUUUAAGCCAGUGGAAACAUUGAAGGAAAACACUGCCAAGAUCCUAAUGGGAGCAAAGUCCAAAUCGUCACACCAGAACAACACUGUGAAAAUUGUUCUUGGGACUGUCUUACCCAUUCUAUCAUUGGCAAUCAUAGCUGGCCUUAUAAUUUUCUUCUUUCUUAGAAGAAAUAAAAAGCACAAAUUGGAAUUGCAACAACAGCAAUAUAAUGAAAUUGAUUAUAAAUAUGGAUAUUUGAAUCCACCACAGUCAACAUUAAAACCAUUUUAUCACCAUGAUAAUGACUCAAAUUCUACAUUGAGCGGUGCAUCGAUAGAUUCAUGGAUGAAGAAAAGGCAAGAUUAUGACAAGCGACGUUUACGGAACAGUUAUCUUGCAUCCAAUGACACUUUGAAUAUGGUGGAUGACGAAGAUUCUAACAGCAACAGUGGCAGUAGUAAUUAUAAUGAUUAUAGUAGAUGUGAUGGGGAGAUUAGAGACGAAGAAAAAGAUUUGGGUGAAGGGAAAACCCCUCAAUUGGUGUUAUCUAAACCUGGUAGACCUAAACUUCUUCCGAAAAAGGCAUUUUCUUUUACCAAAAGUCCACCACAGACUCCAGUUGGGAAAGUAAAGAGAUUACAGUCCACACGAUUGACAAGCUCAGAGCAUUUAAUUCCAGGAAAUCACAAACAUGAAUUACAUUCUGACGCUGAGGAAAAUCAUGAACACAAUGGGGCUAUCGAUUCAGAAGCAACAUCUUUGGAUGAUAGAAUGGAUGUUCAAGUUUUGGUUAGUAGUAAACGAAGAUCAAUAUUGAGAGUAGUGAACCCAGAUGCACAGUCUAUGCAUGAAACUAUUUCUGAUCAGUCUAAUGUCAUCAGAGAAGACUAUGAUAGUGGUGAAGCAUUCAGUCAAGUACUCGAUAAUCAUUUUGAAAGAAUAUUGAAUGAAUCAGAUGCUGAAGAGAAUGAAGUUGGUAAUAAAUUACUAAGGCAAAGGGUGAUAUCCGGUCAAAGUGAACCCAAUUAA